CACUAUUGAAGGCAGAGUUAUUUUAUGCUUCUCACGAGAAGCUCAAGCUCAAGCUCAAGUUCAAGCUCGCCUCUUUUUCUGUUUCCACUUUCCAUUUUCCAUAUACUCCAAGAGAAGAAGAAAUGGACCUGAGAGAGUCAAUCAGCAAGCAAAACGACGUCUCAUUGGCACUCGCAAAGCACGUCAUCUCGUCGGAGGCCAAGGACACCAACUCCGUCUUCUCACCGUUGUCCCUCCACGUAGUAUUGGGCCUGAUUGCAGCCGGCUCCAAGGGCCCGACCCAAGACCAGCUCCUCUCUUUCCUCAAGUCCACCUCCACCGAUCACUUCAGCUCUCUCACUUCUCAGCUCGUCACUAUUGUCUUAGCCGACGGCGCGCCCUCCGGCGGGCCUCGCUUGUCCUUUGCUAAUGGCGUCUGGAUUGAUCAGUCUCUGCCUUUUAAGCCUUCUUUCAAAAAGAUUGUUGAUGAAGUUUAUAAGGCCGCUUCCAAUCAAGUAGAUUUUCAAAACAAGCCUGCUGAGGUCACCAAUGAAGUAAAUUCAUGGGCCGAAAAGGGUACAAGUGGACUUAUCAAAGAAAUCCUUCCUCCUGGCUCUGUAGACAAUACAACAAGGCUGAUCUUUGCAAAUGCGCUGUACUUUAAAGGAGAAUGGGAUGACAAGUUCGACGCAUCAAAAACAAAGGAGCAUGAUUUUCACCUACUGAAUGGCAGCACAAUUAAAGUUCCCUUCAUGACCAGCAAGAAGAAACAGUAUAUAAGUGCCUAUGAUGGUUUUAAAGUACUGUGUCUUCCUUAUAAACAAGGUGAGGAUAAGCGUCGCUUCUCCAUGUACUUUUUUCUCCCAGAUGCCAAGGAUGGGCUGCCAGCUUUGUUGGACAGAGCUGGUUCUGAACCUGGAUUCUUAGAGCAUCAUUUACCACGUUCAAAAGUAGAAGUUGGCGACUUCCUUGUACCAAAAUUUAAGAUAUCCUUUGGAUUUGAAGCUUCUAAAACUCUGAAGGGACUGGGGCUUGUGCUGCCUUUCUCUGGUGAAGGCGGCCUCACUGAAAUGGUAGACUCCCCUGUGAGCCGGAACCUUCAUGUUUCAAGCAUCUUCCACAAAUCCUUUAUUGAGGUUAACGAAGAAGGAACAGAAGCUGCAGCUGCAACUGCGGCUACGAUAAGCCUACGGUCUUUGCAAUUUUUCAAUAAAUUAGACUUUGUAGCUGAUCACCCAUUGCUUUAUUUUGUAAGAGAAGACAUGACUGGGGUGGUGCAGUUUAUUGGUAGUGUGGUUAAUCCUCUUGAUUCUUAACCGCUGGAGAAUGGGUUGCUGUUUCGGUCUUUUGACAUGUAGCUUAUUUUGUCUGGUUAAUGGUAUGUAUAAUGCUAUUGUCUAACCCCUAUAAGUUCGGCUUUCCGAUGUACUGUAUGUUAUAUGUUGCUUCCAGUUGUUUUCAGGUACUUUUGUUCAGAGAUCCUAUACGUGAAUUUUAAGUGUUGUGUUUUCGGCAUUGUU